ACAUUUUCUUCUUGCUUGGCUCACACAAACACCAUAACAUAUAGCGGUUCAUGAUUUGUUCCGUGUAAUAACAGCAAAGACCGUUAUGGGAAACGCAUGUGGAAGUGCCAAACCCGUUGCUCAUGUCUCUUCUUCUAACUUUUCCGGUUGCAAAGAAUCUCCAACAAUAACAGCUUUUUACUCUUCUGUCUAUCUAUUCAACAUUCAGAAAACACUCUAAUCAAAUCAAAGAAGUAAGAAGCCUGUAAGUAAAACGAAUAGGAGUCCAAACUCUAACAUGCGAAAAGGCGAUUCGAAAAUAUCCGAAUCAAAUGCUGGAAAAUUGAUCUCCACUAACCUUAAGUCCUUCAGCUUCAAUGAUCUAAAGGAGGCCACUAAGAACUUCCGGCGAGAAAAUUUAAUUGGAGAGGGAGGGUUCGGGCGUGUGUUCAAGGGAUGGAUUGAUGGGAACAACUAUGCUCCAACGAAACCGGGGAGUGGGAUUGUAGUGGCCAUUAAGAGUCUUAAGCCAGAAAGCUUUCAAGGUCACAAGGAAUGGCUUGCAGAAGUCAAUUAUCUCGGGCAGCUUCACCAUGAAAAUCUGGUGAAACUUAUUGGUUAUUGCUUGGAGGGUAAAAACAGACUUCUUGUUUAUGAGUUUAUGCAGAAAGGAAGCUUGGAGAAUCAUUUAUUCAAAAAAGGUGUUCAACCUAUACCCUGGGCCACGCGGAUCAAUAUUGCAGUUGGUGUUGCAAGAGGAUUAUCAUUUUUACAUUCCCUGGAUGCAAAUGUCAUAUUUCGUGAUUUAAAGGCUUCCAAUAUCCUACUUGAUUCAGAUUUUAAUGCAAAACUUUCGGAUUUUGGCUUGGCAAGAGAUGGUCCUACUGGAGAUAACACUCAUGUUUCAACCAGAGUUAUUGGAACUCAAGGGUAUGCUGCACCUGAGUAUGUUGCUACAGGUCAUUUGACCCCAAGAAGCGAUGUGUACAGCUUUGGCGUUGUCUUGUUAGAGUUAUUAACAGGGAGGCGUGCACUAGAAGAUGAUAGGCCUGGAUUUUCAGAAGAAACUCUUGUGGAUUGGGCGAGGCCCUUCCUGAGUGAUAACCGAAGAGUACUGAGAAUCAUGGAUACUCGGUUGGGUGGUCAAUACUCCAAGAAAGGAGCACAAGCUAUGGCAUCACUCGCCUUGCAAUGCCUAAACACUGAUCCAAAACUUAGACCACCCAUGGUAGAUGCUCUUGCAACACUAGAAGGACUCAAUUCGUCGAAUUCAAUGCCGAGGACGCCACGAUUAGGUACAGAGAGUAAUUCAGCCAACCACUCUGGUUAUUCGCACAGGUGAAAAACCGAAAUACAAAACUUCGGAUCAGCAUCUUGUUUUGUCUUGUUUUGUUUUCUCUUUUUGUCUCCAUGAAUGCUUCAGCAUCCCUAUAUGUGUUUCAGUUUGAGGCUUGAGUUCCGAGAGUAGGAAGAACAAUAGAAUACAGUUAGAUUGUAAGUUUUUUGAGAUGGGUUAUGUGAACAGUGAAGUAUACAGAAGCUGCAAAAUCAAAACAUAGCAUAUUUUUUUUCUUUUCUUUUUAUAAGGUAACGAAAUAGCUCUAUGUAUAAGUUCUGUGAAUACUGUUUUUCUUCAUCUAUGUGCUAUUGUCCAGAAAGUUUGGCCU